UUAUUACAUUUAAAACGUUAUUAAAUAUAAAUGAUCAUCUAAGAUGUGAACGCUGAAACAAUACCCUCACAAUUCGAAAACAAUAGAUUAAAGGACAGACGGUAUUGAGAAAACUGUUUAAGCUUGAAUUAUGAUAUUUAUGACGCAUGCCUUGAAUACCCGGUAGAGCCGGUGAGUUACGUGAUAAUCCUGAUUGCGGUUAUGUCAUGUCAAACAUCAAUAGGAAUACUCAUCAUGCAUCGUCCACGUGUGACUAAAUUACUACACUUCUGGAUGUCAGAUGGAAUCAUGAAGCAAUUGAUCUACUUGAGAGACCGAUAUAGGUCAAACUGAGUGCCAGAGAUAAGGCGUGCUUUGUCUCCAGAUAAGAACAUCAGGAAUAUCUCGGCUAUCUUCAGUCUAAGGAAUACAACCAGAUACAAUGAUUGUCCUGCUAACAGCGUUGGCUGUCAUUUUUGGCACUGUCAAUGGUCAGACGACAUGCGCAGAUGAAGUAGACCCCAACAUCUGUCGCCUGCUGGCCUCCGAAUCGUUUGGAUUGAAAGAUAUUUGUACGGAUCCUUGCCUGUCCAGGACUUGUCAGAAAACAUGCGGAAAAUGUCCACUGGAGUGUUAUUCCUGUCACAGUGUGUCGUCACCAAGUGACUGUACGACCACCACUCCAUGUCCGUCAAAAGAUCACAACUGCAUUGUAACCGAGUCAUAUAACGACAAUUUUGAAAAGACAUUUGCUCUUGGUUGCGCCACGAAAGACGUGUGUCUGAGAAACUUUGGAGGCACCAUAGGGAAACGAUCACAACUGGACGGCGGGUGUUGUGGGUCUAACCUCUGUAAUCACAAUUUAACCAGCAGUACACAGCCACUCGCAGGAAUCAUCCUUACGACACCUGGUGUUACUCUCGCCCCAAACCCCUCAGUGGCACCCUCCGCUGUAGUAAGAAGUUCAUGUGACGAUUUCAACAGUGAACUUUGCACCCAGCUUGCGUUUGCUAUGCCGGACAUUUGCUCAAACGAAUGUAUUGCUUCUAAGGUGUGCCCCUCCAUGUGCGGCAAAUGUUUGACUUGUUACCAUUGUGACAACGUGGAGCUCCAGUCAGACUGUUCAGCCAAAGCUAAGUGUAACCCCGGGCAGAAAUGCUACAUAACGGAAACAUACAACUCCAUGACAUUUCAACAUGGAUUCAGGACUGGCUGCAUAGACAACAACCUUUGUUCUAAUCUGACAUUCGGAAGCCCAGAUAUUGGGACUGGACCUGCACUGAUUGGUCGCCGUUCACAUUUCCACUUUUCAUUGGACGGUGACUGCUGCGGGUCUGACUUAUGUAAUGAUAGGGUCCAGACCACAGUGGCUCCUGUCGUCACGACACCAGCCCCAGCUGUUGUAAUGACUACUCAAGGGCCAGUAGUCACCAACCAGCCCAACGCAACUCCCCGUCCCCAAGAUUGUAACUGGAACGGUGAUUGUCCACGAGGAUUCCAUGCUUACCUCAACAAGUGUUAUUAUUUUGGUGAUAAUGAGAUGGAAUGGGACGAUGCGCUGGGAUAUUGCAAAGAAAGAUGUUCCCAUCUUGCUGAACUGAAAUCGGAUAACGAGUUACAGGAUGUCAUGAAUCACUUCCGACAUAACCCCAGCGCAGGAUACGAAAGAUUUGAGGAUUAUUUUACUGGGGCAGUGGAAACUGGCAAUAGAUGGAUUUGGUAUCACAGUGGGGACACUAUUAGUCAUAACCUACUGAUGUCUUUUAACAAUUACAAUAAACACUGUAGCGUUGUCAGGAAUAUUGGCCCACAUACCUUCAAGCUAGCAUCCAUCAAUUGUCAUCAUUUAUUUUGGCCAAUGUGCGAAGUUGUGAUGACUUCUAAUUAAUCGAGCUGUAAAUAUGAGAGGCAUUACUUCACUAUAAAAAAUUUCUGAUGCACAUAUUGUCUGUUUAUACUUCUAUUAUUCUAAUCUCAACGGACUAUUCUGAUUUGAGUCACGGAUGUACGCUAAUAAGUCCUAAUAUUAAUCGAAUGCUAUGCUUCCGAUUCUUUUUCAAAACAAUUCAUAAUACAGAGAAUAUCUUUUAAAAUUGUGAAUGGGUAUCACAGCCUUAACGUUAAGCUCCGAUGAUUAUAAUUCACUUUUUAUCUAUCUAUUUUUGUCUCACUAUAAAACGCUGAGAAGGAGUAUUGAUGGAUCACAAGGAAUCUAAAUUAAACAUGAUUAUCAAUAAUAACGUGCCGAAAAGUAUGACAUUGAAUUUUAAAUGAUUUUAAUCGGGCUAUGGUUCAGACGUCUUUACUACGUUUGUUAUAUAUCAAGCUAAAGCUUUCCUGUUUGGGCAUCCCAACACUUAUUAAUAAUGUCGGGUACAGGUCUUUACUCCAGUGGUGCUUGUUCCAGUGAGACUAUGUUAAGACGAUUUGUUGGUUACUUGACAAGUGAUCUAAGUGUCCUAAUGCGGUGGCAUUAUGUCCGUCGUUAUAGUCUGUAGAUAAUGGGAAUAUUUGACUUCUCCAAAGCUACUGAACUGAAUUUGAUAUUUUACUUCCAUGACAAAACAUAAACCAAAAUAUGAAUUACAUAAUAUAUGACCGCCCCCCAUUCUCCCCCCAGAAAAAAGUUCCUGCUCUUGUUUGAUAUUAAAAAAAAUACUCUACAAAGAAGUAUGGAAUCUUCAGUUGAACUUUGUUACAUAGCAAUGUCUUAAAGCAAAUAAUGCUGUGACCUUUCCAUACUUGGCCUAUGCGAAUGAAAAUCAUUGAGACAACAAAACCAAUGGGCUGCAAACAUGCUUACAAUGCACUAAAUAUGACUCAAUUUAGAUUUAGGUUUAACACAAGUUUCCU